AUGGCUACUCCACUCUUCUUCCCCGAUGAUGCCUUCUUCUGUGAGCCCGGAUUACUCGUUGGCCCGCUGCUCUUGGACGUGCCGUGGAUCUUCUCCUUCGAUGUCGAUUUGUCCAUGGCGCGCGCGGCGGUGCUCUUGGGGUUGGAGGUGGAGCUGCUCAUUGCGAUGGAGUGUGUAGACAAGUUUGUGUGUGAUGAUUUGUUGCGUGAGUUUGACAGUCUGUGUGUGGAAGAGGAAGGCUUUGCAUGA